AUGAACCAACCAGAACUAAAUAAAACAAAUAAUUAUCCGCGAAUACUCGUAGGAACUAGCGACUUUAAAAAGCUUCGUUCAGGAAGCGAUGUCAUCGUUGAUAAGUCGCUUUUGAUUAAGACCGUUUUAGAAGAUGAAGACGAAGUAUUACUUAUCACUCGACCUCGUAGAUGGGGGAAGAGUUUAAACCUGAGUAUGCUCAAAUACUUCUUUGAAUUAGAAGUUGAUUCAGAAGGAAAAGAGUUGUCUCCCAAAGAAAAAGCCCACCCCAAACUUUUCAUUGGCGGCAAAGUGAAAUCGGGAGCAAAAGAAAGGUAUUUACCUCCUUUGAAAAUCAGUAAGGAUCAGGAUUCGAUGGAAGAACUAGGAAAAUAUCCUGUAAUUUUUUUCAGUUUAAAAAAUACUAGGGGGGGUAAUUACAAAGAAGUGGAAAGCAAAGUGAAAAUUCAAGUGUUUGAAGCCUUUGUUAAACAUCGCCAUCUUAGGAAAUAUUUAACCCCAGACAAUGACUUUUUAGAAGUAUCAGAAAAAAAGCGAUUGCAUAAGUACCUAAGUGGAGACAUUGACGAAACCGAUCUAAAAUAUAGUUUACGUUUUUUAAGUGAACUACUUUAUAAGCAUUUUAAAAAAGAAAUCGUUAUUUUAGUUGAUGAAUAUGAUGAAACCAUCAACGACGCAUAUGUUAAGUUUGGUUACGAAUCAGAAGAAUUUAAAAAAGUACUGGAACUUAUUAGGGAAAUAUUAAGUGCUGCCCUAAAAGAUGUAACUUACUUGAAAAAAGCCGUUUUAACUGGUAUUUACCGUGUAGCCAAGGCCAAUAUAUUUUCUGGUUUGAAUAAUGUGGGGGAAUAUACUCUUCUCGAUCCGGAAUUUGGUGAAUAUUAUGGAUUUACUCAGGGAGAAAUUGACUUUUUGAUAAACCAAGCCCUACUUUCUGACGAUAUUCAAGAAGACCUCCAAACUCUUUUGGCAGGCCAAAGCGUAACUAAACUAUUAUGUAGAGAGAUUGCUUUUGAACAAAUUAAAGAGGAAAAAAAAGAAGAAAGAAAAAGAGUAUUUUGUAGCCUCUUGGUUUUUGCGGGCUAUUUAAACCCCAAACCAACUAAUAAAUCUGGUGUUUACGAGUUGUCAAUUCCUAAUCAAGAAGUCAGACAAAUUUAUGAAGAAAGG